UGUCCAUCAGUGCCAGCUGUCAGUGCUGAACAGUGCCACAUGCUAGUGCCCAUCAGUGCCACCCAUCAGUGCCAGUCAGUGCCACCUAUCAAUGCCAGUCAGUGCUACCUAUCAGUGCUGCAAUCAGUGCCGCCUAACAGUGCCAGUCAUUGCCACCUAACAGUGCCAGUCAGUGCCACCUAUCAGUGCCAUAUAUAAGUGCUGCUUUUCAGUGCCCAUCAGUGAUGCCUGUCAAUGCCCAUCAGUGCCACCUACCAGUGCCUACUCAGUG